CCGGGUGCCGGCUCGGCCAGUCCCGUCCCGCAGCCGCAGCCGCAGCCAUAGCCAUGAGCACGCACCGCGUCGCCCUGCAGGGCCCGGGGCCGUGGGGCUUCCGCCUGGUGGGGGGCAAGGACUUCGAGCAGCCGCUCACCGUGUCCCGGGUGACUCCUGGGAGCAAAGCUGCAAUAGCCAGUUUAUGCAUAGGAGAUGUCAUCAUGGCAAUUGAUGGAGUGAACACAGACAAUAUGACACACUUAGAAGCACAGAACAAAAUUAAGGCCUGCACAGAUGAGAUAAAUCUGACAGUUGGAAGAAGUGAAUCCAAAAUCUGGUCACCUCUUGUGACAGAGGAGGGAAAAACCAAUCCAUAUAAAAUGAAUCUGGCCUCUCAGCCCCAGAGACCGAAGCAGUUUCAGCGUGCAUUCAGCAUGACAUGCCAACCCUUAAAAUCGCCCUCUGGCCCAAACAGCCAUUCAUCACCUACAGUCGCGCUGAAGGCUCCCUUCGCAUCAGUCUAUAACCCUCUACAGCCGCAGGCCUCUGCAUCUCCAUUGCAGCGGAGGCACAGCACCUCCUCCAUCCCAAGCCAAGUCCGAGUGGGGCCUGAACGGCUGAAGCAAGCCGCCCAAAUCUGCCCCAACAGCCCUGUGGAAGUGGAGGUGCCAGGACUCAAAGUGCUGCAUGUGCAGUUUAAUUCUCCCCUGCAGCUCUAUUCACAGGAAAACAUCCUGGAUACUUUACAAGGGCAGAUCUCUUCCAUUAGCCCGACUUUUCUCAGCUUAGACCAACCUCAUCAGCCAUCAAGUAACAUUGUCAUAGACAAGGAGUCAGAGGUGUACAAGAUGCUGCAGGAGAACCAAGAGGCAAAUGAACCACCCAGACAAUCUGCUUCCUUCCUGGUAUUGCAAGAAAUUUUGGAAUCUGAAGAGACAGGAGACGCAAGUAAACCUUCUGGCUUUAGAAGCGUGAAACCCCCCACGACCAAAGUGGCCUCCUCCAUUGGGAAUGCCCAGAAGUUGCCCGUAUGUGACAAGUGUGGAUCUGGCAUUGUGGGCGUGUUUGUGAAGCUCCGGGACAAGCACCGUCACCCGGAGUGCUACGUGUGCAGCGACUGUGGAACAAACCUCAAGCACAAAGGACACUUCUUUGUGGAAGAUUGCAUCUACUGCGAGAAGCAUGCCCGGGAGAGGGUGACUCCCCCUGAGGGCUAUGAAGUGGUCACUGUCUUCCCAAAGUGAAUGAACGAAUCAACAACACAUUUUUUCCCCUCUCCGCAGCUGUUUCUCAAAAAACAACCCCCCCACUCCUUUCUGAAUUCUCCUUGCAAUAAGGAAUAUUAGGCAUGGCUUUUUAUUUUGCUGCCACAUUAAUCCUUCAUCUGUUAGCAAUAGCUGCCACUAAUUGUUCCACAUUUACUUUCUUUUUUUUAGAAGAAGAAAAAGCUGAGGAACUCAUUGGGAUCCCUUUUUUUACUAUCAGAUCCUUCUCCUUUCACUGUCAGUUACAAACAGAAAUUGGGAGCCAAAGCCAAAUCACAGAUGUGCUGUGUCUCAGUUCUUUGCCUUCUGUUCACAUGCAAUAAAUGGGGUGAAUCCAUGUGGCAAA